AUGGCGGCCACUCUCUGGGCCUUCUUUUCCGUCCUCCUGCUGCUACUAUCAAGGGAUGCCCAGAGCUCGGAGGUGUCUGGGUCUACCUCCGAGGGGCCAGGAGGGAGUGGGGUCGGCAUUGGAGAUCGCUUCAAGAUUGAGGGGCGUGCGGUUGUUCCUGGAGUGAAACCCCAGGACUGGAUCUCGGCGGCCCGAGUGCUGGUAGACGGAGAAGAGCACGUCGGCUUUCUGAAGACGGAUGGGAGUUUUGUGGUUCAUGAUAUACCUUCUGGAUCUUAUGUAGUAGAAGUUAUUUCUCCAGCUUACAGGUUUGAUCCUGUCCGAGUGGAUAUCACUUCAAAAGGCAAAAUGAGAGCAAGAUAUGUGAAUUACAUCAAAACAUCAGAAGUGGUCAGACUGCCCUAUCCUCUCCAGAUGAAAUCUUCAGGCCCACCUUCUUACUUUAUUAAAAGGGAGUCUUGGGGCUGGACAGACUUUCUGAUGAACCCAAUGGUUAUGAUGAUGGUUCUUCCAUUAUUGAUAUUUGUGCUUCUGCCCAAAGUGGUCAACACAAGUGAUCCUGACAUGAGGCGGGAAAUGGAGCAGUCAAUGAAUAUGCUGAAUUCCAACCAUGAAUUGCCUGAUGUCUCUGAGUUCAUGACAAGACUCUUCUCUUCAAAAUCAUCUGGCAAAUCUAGCAGUGGCAGCAGUAAAACAGGCAAAAGUGGGGCUGGCAAAAGGAGGUAG